GACACCACGUCCAUUCGCCGCUUUUCCAGUCUGUUGCCCACAUCGUCCAAAAGGUCGCUUGAGACGGAAAUAUACCAUAAAUCAGUUCAUAGCUGGGUGACCAUUAAAACCAUUCUUCAUUGACUGUCUUCCAAGAUGAAGACGGUGAUAUUGCUGGCCGUGGCUGCCAUAGCCAGCUCCCAGCAGCAUCAGCAGCAGCAGCAGGAGCAGCAGCCAAUCAACACCAAUACGCACUUCAUGCCAAGUUGCCAGUGUGAUGCCAACUCUGCAUAUACAGACUCAUGCAUGGGGGCAUUCAGCAAGAAAGGUCGCUUUACCUAUCGCUACGAAACAACUCUGGAACAAUACAUUCCAGGUUACAAUGGAACGUCUGAGUUCCGAAUGUCAGCUAUGGUUGACUUCUGGUUCCAUGAGAACUCCUGCAUUGGAGAGAUGCAGGUGUAUGACGUCAUGGCAUACGAUACGUCAUUCCGUGGCGUCGAAUAUCAAGGCGACAUCUACAAUUUCCUCCGGCAACAAGCGGAGAAACAUGACGAACUUGAGUUGUUCUAUCGAUAUAACGAGACUCUGCCACGCUAUCGUCUCUAUUUCUGCUACUCGGACUUCAACUUUCAGCACCUUUAUCAACACUUGGAGGAGCCAAUUUGGAGUCUGAAUUUCAAGCGUGGUAUUCUCAGCACCUUCCAGGCAGAAUUUUGCCCAACGCGCUAUCACUACAAAUCCAUGGAGAAUGCAGUCAAUGCUGACAUCUGUUCGUAUGAGUAUCGCAUCCGUCCCUACAAUGCCGGAAACUUCACUGUCACCAAGGAGAUGCUGUGGGACCAAUGCCAGCAAAGGAAGUCCAAUACCAUGUCGUCUGUUUAUGGACGCUGGUUUGCAGAGGGUGAGAAACCAGUGUACACCAAAUCCAGCAGCAUGUACAAAUACUACAAUAAUAUCACACAGUAUAUCUGGUAUGAAGAGAGCCAUGAGCUGCGCUUGUCCGGAUUCCAGUUACAGUUCACCGCCGAUGAAGACUGGGGCUCUCUGUUCUCGAUUGUCAGGCAAUACUUCUACUUCCAGAAGUAUGACCGUGUGGAUACAGUGCCACAAUUCAUGGGACUUGACCGAACGCACUACUCCAGUCGGUCUCGUAGCUUACAAUACGAAGAGUUCGACUUCUACUCCAAAUAUGGGCACAACUAUGACAACAUGAAUGAGGCUAUGGAGCUGGUCAGGAAGAUCACCGAGUUCAAGCGUGAGCCGAUGAACGGAGAUUUCCUGGACAUGUUCUACGAGCUGCAGCAACGAUUCAGGCAUUUCACCUAUGCUCAGUUCCGCACAAUGUUUGAGCAGUUUGAGAGUGAUGUAAUGUGCAUGCGUUUUGAGCGCGAAGGACGCUUCACCUGCCGCCGUACUCUCUUUGAGGCUGUGAUGGCUGUCGGUAGUGACACGUCAGCCAUGUUCUUCCGUUACCUGAUCCAUGAACAUAACUCUUACUUCAGCAUGGAGGACCAGCUCUUUGGCAUGUGGAGCUUCAUCUUCAGCGAGCAUUCCAGUGAAACCAUCCUUCAUUCAAUCUACGAUACUUGCGAGUACUACCGGAGCAAUGAGAGAUUCUGGGGCCGCUGUGCCUUGGCUCUGGGAGCAAUGACUAAGAGAUACUGCGAGUACAACUACAACGAAUGCCCGUACUUUGACUACACUGAUGAACGCUGGCAGAAUUGGAACGGAGGGUACAAUGUCAUAUCAAACUUUGAAGAGGAGAUUGAGAAUACCCCUCCAUACUAUGCCAAGAUCUUCCUCUACUUUUACCGUGUCUUCGAAAGCAACCGUUUCACCUACAACUCACAGGCUUUCUUUGCCCUGAAGGCAAUCAACAACAUGGCGUCUGCUGACAAUUAUGACUACAUGCGCACGUUCUACAGAUUCCAUAGAGAAGUGGCGUUCAAUGUUCAGUAUCCGAUGCAGUAUCGUCUAGCCGCCAUGCAAAGCUUUGCUCGCUGCAUCCCCAUGUUCUAUGAGGAACUCUACCCGGAAUUCUUUGCAAUGUUCAGAGAUGAGAGUCAGCCAACGGAGAUGAGAAUUGUGGCCUUCAACAACAUGAUGUACACAUUCAAGUUUGGCAGUUUCUACCUGUCUAGUGCCAAGUGGCAGGAAGUGUUUGGUGUGAUGGACCAAACACAUGACUACCAGCUCUACUGCUACGCUUACAGCUAUCUAUCACGCAUGGUGGAGACGGCAUACUUCCCAGACAGAUUCUGGACUCGUCAACUUGCUUACUACUUUGGCAAGAGUGAAUAUUUCUUCACCAGCCGUGUUUACAAGUGCAAGAACAUGGGUUACCUGGGAUCUCAAGUCCAGCAAUACUCACUCCCAACAGGCUUCUUCCCUCGUUUCACUGACUUCCGCUUCAGCAGCAGUGUGGAGUGCAGCAAGAACAAGACAUUCACUUUCCCGCGCCGAUUCAACUUCUUCUUAGAUGGCUACGUGUACAAUUAUGAUAUGCGUCACUUUGAGUUUGGUUUCGAGUCACCUGACUUCCGGCGUUUCUUUGACUACUUCACCAGCCCCGAUGCCUUCGUUUACAGGGACCAUGAACAGCGCACAAACCCAUACGAGUUCAAGUUCUUCUUCUUCAUGCGAAUGUUUGAGUUCGACAUGUUGUGGGAAGAGUUUGACCAAGACGAUGUUGAGCAUAUGUUUGAGAACAACUUCAAGUACUACAAGCUCUACAAGGCAGCUUACACUUUCUUCCAGGAUGGAUAUAGCUAUAAGGGUCUCUCCAACCUCAUGUUUGAGAUGAAGCAAUGGCGCUCCUUGUCCGGCAUCAUGUCCUUCUUCACCGAUAGCACUUACUGGAACCAGACAUACGGCUACAGCAACACAUUCCGUGGAUUCGAUUUCCGUCACACGGUACCGACACGUAUGGGCUUCCCGCUUGUGUACAACUUCACCUCACUAUUCCAUGUACAAAUGAUCAUGAAUCAUGAGAUUAGCUGUGAUGAGACUUGCCAGUAUUCAUAUGGGCUCAUCCCAGAUCGUGUUAAGAACACGUUCUACAUUUCACCACGAUAUGCAGCUCGUUUCUACGGCUCGGUGUCCUUGUACACGACGUACUUUGCCCAAAGCCUUCAGUUUGAGAUGUCUGCCCACGGUGGGUUCGAUCAGAGCCAUUACACCACUAUCUAUGAUGAUGGACGAGUGGAAUACGACUACACAUUACCCCAGACCUACACUCAGCUAGCUACAUUCGGUGGGAAAUUCUUCUUUUACUACUACCGCUUCAACCAGCCACAUCGCUACUUCCAGUACCAUGGUCAGCCUGCAUACAGUGACUGGGCAAGAGAUGAUUUCAUGCGCCCAAUGCCGUAUUUCUACGACGACAGCUACAACUGCAGCUGGUGCUACAGAUUUGCCGACUACAGCGGAUUCAACCUGACCACAAUCUCCCAGUAUGCCAACUUCACGCGUCACUACCAUGGCUAUCCGCUGUUCCCGUUCAGCGGAGAAUUCAACUUCACGCUUGGUGCUACCCCGCGUCAAUGGCACAACGGACGAUUCCUCUCCUGGCAGGAAACCAAUCAGCUAUAUACCACGCAGCCACGGGCACGCUACACCUUCCAUUUCCGCAACUUCUCUAACUACCAAACCAUGGACGUUGCCUUCUACCCACCUGUAUAUGGCCAGGAGUUAUACAGCAACGCCACGUUCACGUAUCACUUUGAACGCAGACCGUACUUUGACAACCACGGUUUCCGCUACUUCAACAUCUCAGCGUACGGACGACGUUACCCAAUGGUGUCCGGACAUUACGUGGAGAUGGACAAUUACACGGAGUAUUUCCAUGGAUACUUCGCCUAUCGGGACUUUGAGGGCAACUUCCAGACCUGGUUUGGACGCAGUCUUUUCAACGCAACCUUCCUCUGGAAUUUCUACAACCCGUGUUUCAACUUCACCACAGUCUAUCGCGGCAACAGAACUGGAUAUUUCUUUGAUACUCGAUUCUUCUACCAUGACAGCAUGAAGGUCUACAACUACAUAUCGGAAGGUACAAUGAGUCCAAGAGAAUCUCGUGGAUACUGGAAUAUGCAUCACGACCAGGAAUUCUACUACUUCAACUACCAGUCAACUCGCCGCUUCUUCAUGAAUGACUUUGAUGUGCAGACAAACUUUGAGCCAUUCCAGGGACUGUACAAGUACCAGCCAUUCAACUUCUUUGCCAUCCUGCCGCCGACUGACUUCGAGCAAUGCCAUGUGUAUGAUAAGAGCUAUCAGACAUUUGAUGGAUAUCAUCAUAACGUCAAUCAUGGUUGUGGCCAUUACCUGGUUGAAAACGACUAUUUCAGCAUCACGCGAGCAAACCGUGACAACCCGCACCACCAUGACGUUCGUGUUGAGUUCACCCAGCGUUACGGCGGCAAGACAUACAUCUUCUCACCCAAUCACUUCACAGUGGCUGCUAGGCAGCACACACUCUCCACAUUGACGGAAAACAGAGAGUACAACUUUGAAGAAUUCAGUGUUCGCCGAGUCCUGGGUGAGAGCUGUGGCUGCUAUCGUGUCUACUUCCAUCGUUUCCAUUUCAUGAUGUACAUUUGCCCGCACAGCAUCAACAUUGGCAUGAGUCCCACAGCCUACUUUGGUCGUAGCCGCGGUAUCUGCGGCAACAUGAACUACAAUCCUGACGAUGACAUGAUGAUGCGCCACAGUAACAUGGUGACUGCUGACAGAAUGGCGUUCUUCCGUAGCUACUCGGUUGGUGGAGUUUGCCAUGAUCACAACGACCAUAGCUACCCAGUCAUGCCAUUCAGCAAUGCUCAAUUCAAUGAAUCAUACCAGUUCUGCUAUGCGGCGUACAAGCAGAUGUACUCACACUGCAACAGCACCAUCCCAGCCAGCGCAUUCCUUUACAGAUGUGCCGAGGUGAUGAAGAGUUGCCAUGGCAACCGGGAGAGGUGUCUGAAGAGGACACUGUGCGCAUACGCCAUGACAUGCCAUAGUGCUGGAUAUUACCCCAUGAACAGUUGCAUGGUGUCGGAGUGGUGGAGACAGGAGCGCUCACACAGCCAGUGGAGAGACUUUUCAAUGCAAGAUCAUCUUCCAUUCUACAACUCCAAAUAUUUCAAUGAAUUCACUCUGCACACACCAUCCUGGCCACAGCGCUUUGACUUGCCAGCGUCUUGGCUGAGUUGGUACCGCAUGCAGUCCGGUUUCAACGGUACAUACACACGCAACAACAAGGACCGCUGCACUCGCACCCGUGUGUCCAACUGGUACUACAUGUCAAGCAAAACAAGCCUUUACUUCAAGUCAGGUUUCCAGUGGUGCCAACGCGAGGGUGACUAUCAAAUGUCGUUCCGCUACACGCUCAGCAACAUCUUCAAUGACGUGUGCCCAACUACACGUUGCUGCAUGCAGCCAACUACCAAACCCAUCAAGGCAUACCUCUAUUGGACUAUCGGCAACCAGCGAGCUAAGAGUGCAGAGAUGUGGCCAACAUGUCCGCAGGGAACCAGAGUCGGAACGUUCACGAAAGAAAGAGUCUUGUUCUUGCGCGGCACUGAAGAGCCAUACAGGAAGACGUACAUCCCCGUGGAAUUGCCGACUACUUGCUUCUGGAAGUUUUAGACGUGCAUAAUCAAGUCAUCAUUUUACUACUUCAAGAAAUCACUGACACACGUCCCCGGAUGCUGAUGGGUUGUUGCAGUUCUGUGCAGCAAUCCAUAGCUAAACACACAAGGAUAUGCUCCUACUAAGUUAGUAUAGCAGUUAUUUUUUCUUUUCUUUUCUGCAUUUCGUCUCCCUUCAGACUUGUACGUGCAGUUCAGCCGCUCGAGCGAGCCUGAGCUCUGAUUGUCACAGCAAUUCAUUUUACCCCCAUACACUACUAACCUUGCACCACUCUACACACACACACACACACACACACACACACACACACACACACACACACACACACACACACACACACACACACACACCCACACCCACACCCACACCCACGCAUACACACACACGCAUACACACACACGCAUACACACACACGCAUACACACACACGCAUACACACACACACACGCAUACACACACACACACACACACACACACACACUUUGUAUUGCUUAAAAUGUUGCUAACGACGCUUCCAGUCACUUUCCUUUGUCUUUGCUUUUUCAUAGCUAACAUUAUCAGUAAUGGCCGACAGAGUUCUGCCUAGACAUAUACCACGUCAUAAUUAUAACCACGUAAUGUAACCAGGUCAUGUGACCACGUAAUGUGACCACGUUAUGUAACCAGGUCAUGUGACCAGGUCACGUAACCACGUCAUGUGACCACGUCA